AUGGCAACCCUCAACGGCGAGGGCGAGGCCUCUUUCCCCUCCAAGAUUCCUUUUUGGCGUCUGGUCUUCGACCAGAAGGUCAUUACUCAAGAGGUUGCUUCUUACCCCUACGGAGGGUCUGGCACUGAAGAGGAUCCCUUCGUCGUGACAUGGCUGCCGAAUGACCCGCGGAACCCUAUGAACUUCCGGGCCAUUAAGAAGUGGUCAAUCACGAUUUUGGUGUCAUUCGUCACUCUCGCUGUCGCACUGGUGUCGUCAGCAUUCUCGGGUGGAAUGGGUCAGAUCGUCGCGGAUUUUGGCGUAGAGGAAGAGGUUGUCAUCCUCGGCGUUUCACUUUUCGUGCUGGGUUUCGCAAUUGGCCCCUUGAUAUGGGCACCGCUGAGUGAAAUCUUCGGCCGGCGCCAUAUCUUCACUAUCAGUUUUGCAUUCCUGACUGCCUUCAACGCUGGUGCGGCAGGAGCAAAGAACAUCCAGACCCUUAUUAUCCUCCGGUUCCUUGCUGGCUGCUUUGGGUCUUCGCCCUUUGGAAAUGCAGGCGGCACAAUCGCCGACAUGUUCUCUGCUUCACAACGUGGAAUCGCUAUCAGCUUCUUCGCCGCAGCCCCCUUCCUCGGCCCGACUAUCGGUCCUAUCAUCGGCGGCUUUCUCGCGACCGGUGCUGGUUGGCGUUGGGUGGAAGGCUUUCUUGCAGCAUUCUCAGGCGCGCUGUGGCUAUGCAUCAUCUUCCUUCUUCCAGAAACCUAUGCGCCUGUUCUACUGCGUCGACGAGCCGCGAAGUUGUCUCAAUUAAGUGGCCAUGUCUACCGCAGCAAGCUUGAUAUCGAGCGCGGCCCAAUUCCCUUGGGCAAGACCUUGAAGACUGCGCUUUCACGACCUUGGAUCUUGUUGUUCCGUGAGCCGAUCGUUCUGCUUUUCUCGAUUUACAUGUCGAUCAUCUACGGUACGCUCUAUAUGCUGUUCGCUGCCUACCCGAUUGUCUUUCAAGAAGUGCGCGGGUGGAGCGAGGGUAUCGGCGGCCUUGCAUUCCUGGGCAUCUUAGUCGGCAUGAUUCUUGCCGUCAUCUACACCUUCCCCGAGAACAUGAGCUACGCCAAAAUGUGCAGUCAGACUACCGAUCGUCUUCCGCCAGAGGUUCGACUUCCCCCAAGCAUGGUGGGCGGUAUUGCCCUGCCUAUCGGACUUUUCUGGUUCGCCUGGACAAAUUCCCCAUCAAUUCACUGGAUGGCAUCUGUUGCCGCCGGCGCGCCAUUCGGAUUCGGCAUGGUCCUCAUUUUCCUCAGUGUGUUCAACUACCUCAUCGACUCAUACACUAUCUUCGCGGCUAGUGUUCUAGCAGCGAACUCGGCGCUCCGCUCCCUCUUCGGCAUGGCCUUCCCGCUUUUCACGACUUAUAUGUACCGCAAUCUGGGCAUUCAUUGGGCUUCGUCAAUCCCUGCUUUCUUGUCGAUUCUCUGCGUCCCUCUGCCAUUUAUCUUCUACAAAUAUGGCGCCCAGAUCCGACAGAAGUGUACUUUUGCUGCUGAAGCGGAUGCGUUCAUGCGUCGUCUUGCCGAAAAGAACCAGAUAGAGACGCGCAAGGAAGAAGAGACGGCGACAACAGAGAAGGGAGCAGACAAGUCCGAGGAAUCGCACCAAGUCGCAGAUGACGUGAGUGACAGCGAGAGCCUGUCGACCGUACCUUCGCGAGUUACAAUUGGAAGAUAUGCGUCGAGAGGAUCUCGCCAGUCGGGACGAUCUAUUAAUCGAACUGCAACUGCCACACAAUAUGAAGAGAACCCGUAUGACCUUGACUUGGUGAACACCCGGCAGUCAGCUAUCAGUGUGCCUCGCAAGGAUUAA